UUCAUAACAGGUGAUUUGGUCGACUUUUUUAUUGGACAAAAAAUGUGUUGAUUAAUUGUCUGUCCACUUCAGUGUCCAGCCAUUUGUGUACAUAAGUGCUAAUUGAAUUACCAUUGCAGCCAUAUCUGUAUAAUCAAGGGUGUUAAUUCGGCCCUAAAAUGACCACAAACAAGCCGACCGAGGAUGUUGAGUUAACCAUUCGUAAAAUGUUGAACAAACUCUGCCACUCCAAUUUAGGCGAGGUUUUUCAAAACUUUAUGAGGAUUCAAGCUCAAGACGAUGACCUGGAUCACUUGACCCGUCUCAUCGUUGACAUUAUUCUGAAUAAAGUGGACAUAAACCCUGGGAGGGCCGGCGCAUUUGUGAAAUUGACAUCAAAAUGUUUUUAUCAUAAGUUCAACUUGAGGCAGGAAAUCUUGGAUCGAUGUCUCGUAGAAUUCCGAUCUUGUAUGGAUAACUUGGAAUCAAUUGAUAAAUCAAAAUUGGACAGAUUCAAGGCAAAACUUAUAGAACGUAGCGAAGGAAAUAUUCGACUACUUGGAGAACUGUUCAACUAUCAAGUACUAAACUGUAAAAUGAUUAUGGAGUGCGUCGAUAUUCUUUUCAAGAGGCAGGAUGAUUUGAGCGUGGCGAUUUUUUGCAACUUGAUAAGAACGAUUGGGCACAAGUUGGAUAAGACAGUUAAGGAGUUUAAGCAAUCAAAGAUAAAAUGCUUGCCAAAAUUGAGGGAUGAUACAGAAUUCGUACACUGGAUUGAAACCCUGUUUGAAGAUUUGGAUGCUCGAAUUACUAGUGGAUAUUUUUUGUCGCUAAAUUCUGAGACUGCAGUUCAGGAAGUUUUGCAACUUCGAAAGAACAAUUGGAAAACGGAAGAAGUUGUAACGACUUCAAAAUCCAGGAAAAAUUUAAAUUUGCAGCUUGCGCCAAGGAACAUUGACAACGAAGCUAGCAAGGAUUGGGUUUUUGCAGAAUUUCCCAAGCUCAUGUCUGGCUUGGUGGCGGAGGAGGACAAGACGCUCGACGCCAUGAAAGCUCAACCAGAAAAAUCAAGAGAUACGAUAUCUCCUUCAAGUGGAGAAUCCGACGUGGAUGUCGAGUCAAUCAUUCGACAAAUGUUGAACAGAGUCAGCCACUCCAAUUUCGACGAGGUUUUGCCAGACUUUAUAAGCAUUCAAGCAGAUGACAUUGAUCACCUGGCAAGUCUCGUCGUUGACAUUAUGCUGAGUAAAUUGGACCGAAACCCUUGGAGGGCCAGCGUAUUUGCAAGAUUGAUAUCAGAAUGGUUCCGUCCUAAAUUCGAUUUGAGAAAAGGGAUCUUGAAGCGAUGCAAGGCAGAAUUCAUAUUGUGUAUCAAGAAUAUGGAUAUGGAUGCGGUAAGAGCAUCUGGGGAUAACUUGGAACCAAUUCGUCAAUCAGAAUUGGGCAGAUUCAAGGCAAAUAUUCGACUGCUUGGGGAAUUGUACAACUAUCAAGCAUUAGAGGAUAAGAAAAUUAUGAAGUAUGUCGACAAUCUUUUAAAGAGGCACGAUGGCUUGAGCGUGACGAUCCUUUGCAACUUGAUAAGGACGAUUGGGCGCCAGUUGGAUAAGACAGUUAAGGAGUUUACUGAAGAAAUUAAACUGACGAAACUAAGUUUUUCAAAAUUGGAUAAAAAAUUGAAAUUCGUACACGGGGUUGAAAAUCUUUUUGAAGACCUUAGAACUCGAAGUAAUAGUGAAGCUUUGUCCUCUAGUUCAAUAACUGAUCUCAAGGAAAUUUUGCAACUUCGAAAGAACAAUUGGGAACGUGAAGAAGCAUCAACGACUUCAUUAUCAAGCAAUAAAAUAAACUGGACCUUAGCGUAUGGCGUGGAUUUAGAUUUAACCAUUCGACAAAUGCUUAACAAACUCAGCCACUCGAAUUUCGACGAAGUUUUUGAAGAGUUUUCAACCAGUAACUGUAUAAAUGGAGACGAUAACCUGAUAAGUCUCGCCGUUGACAUUAUGAUGGAAAAAGUGGCCAAAAAACCAACGUCGGCUGGCGUUUUGGCAAAAUUGGUAUCCAGAAGCAUCGAUCAGUUCCGGACCAGAACUAAGCGCUCACCCAAAUUGAUGAAAGGAAUCUUGGACCAAUGUCAGAUGAAAUUCCAAUCGUGUGUCGACAAUUUGGAUAAGAUCAAAGAAUUGGAAGAUAACUUGGAAUCAAUUGAUAAAUCAGGAUUGAACAUAUUAGCCUUAGAACUGGUUAAAAGUAAUGAAGGUAAUAUUCGACUAAUUGGGGAAUUGUGCAACCAUCAGAUGCUAAUACCUAGAAUAAUUAUGGAAUGUGCCAACGUUCUUUUAAAAAAUAACCAUGAUAUGGGCGUGGCGAUCCUUUGCGACUUGAUAAGGACGACUGGCCUCACCUUGGAUAAGAAAGUUAAAGAGAUUAAGGAGAAUAAAUCGAAGAAGCAAAGUUUAUCAAAUCUUCGUAACAAUAUGAAAUUGGUACAAGGGGUUGAAAACUUUUUUGAAGACCUGACUACUCGAAGUAAUGGUGGAUAUUUGCCUUCAAAUUCAAUAACUGCUGUCAAAGGAAUUUUGGAACUUCGAAAGAACAAUUGGAAAACCGAAGAAGGUCUAACGACUUCAAAAUUAGUAGUGAACGGCGCUGUACCGAUAUUCAAGCAAAGGAAGAUUGACAACCAGAUUUUCGUGAAACUUAACAACAAUGUUCAAAGUUCAAGCCGAAUGUCCACAUCGUCAAAUUCAACUUCGGGAGCGUUAGACGAAGAUGAUCUUGUAUCCAAACGAUUUGCAGAACUGACCGGUGCCAUGUCUUCCGUAAAAUUGACGCCUUACUUGGCUACGAAAAAAGAGGAGGUAUUCCACUCUGCGAAAGCGAAGCUGGAAAAAUCGACAGAUACGAUAUCGUGUUCAAGAGGAAAAUCCAACACGCGACACAAGACUCUCAUGUUCUACCACACGCCGAACGGUGUGACCAACCCCCCUCCUGGAACUGUAGUCGAUAAGGAAAUCGUCCACCAGACGCAGACUGAUUUUUACCUAUGCUCUCACGCUGGCAUGAUGGAUCCCGUUGCUGCGCCAACAUUUACGGGAGGCUCCUUCCCAGCCACGUGGUUUGGGCCGAGCUGCAUGCAAUCCGCGUCAGGGUCUGUCGAAGCUGGCUGCUUAACAAUUAACGUUAUCGCCCCUGCAAACGCAUCUCCAACUAACACUUAUCCCGUUAUGGUCUGGAUUCACGGUGGCGGGUUCCAAAAUGGGGGAUCUUCUGCCUACUUCCCGCAAUUCAUGCUGGAUCAGAACAUCGUCCUCGUCUCGAUGAACUAUCGUCUCGGCGUGUACGGCUUUCUGAACGCGGGGAUCGCAUCGGCCCGCGGAAACCAAGGUUUGAAAGAUCAAGUCCUUGCGCUAAAAUGGGUCCAGAACAAUAUUUUGCAAUUUGGCGGGAACAAGAAUAAGGUUACGAUUUUUGGCGAAAGUGCGGGAUCCAUGAGCGUAUCUUAUCUGCUCGUAUCGCCCAUGGCGCGGGGACUCUUUCACGGGGCGAUCAUGCAAAGCGGGACGUUCACUAGUCCCUUCACGUACGGCGGGAAGCUUAAUGGACGACAGUGUGCGGUGCAGGUCGGGCAGGCCGUGGGAUGUCCGACGAAUGAUAUGGGGCAACUUGUGACUUGUUUGCAGUCCGCGAGUACGGCAACUUUAAAUGGAUUUGGAAAUUAUGCAAAUGCAUUUUCGUUCUCUGAAGCUGCGAUCUACUGUGGACCAUCCAUCGAGACCUUCGCGACAGGGAUGAACGAUCCGAAAGUAUUUCUGGACCAAGAUCCAUGGGCGAUGGUUGUGGCGGGAAAUUACAGCAAAGUUCCAAUGAUAAUCGGAUCAAUUUCUAAUACUGAAGUUGUACCGCAAAGUUAUAUCAACAACGCCGGAAAUCUAGCCUAUUUAAAUGCCAACUGGGACGCCGUUAUUUCCGACGCUCUUUACCUGGCCCACAAUCCGACCUGGUUUUCCGUCACACAAGGCGCUAAGAACUUAUUUCUGGCGGGAAUUCCUGCCACCAUAAAUUCUGGCGCCACCCUUGGCCGAAUGCUUACCGAUAGAAUUUUUACCCAUCCCGUUCGCAUAGUAGGGGCCGAAUUUUCGAAAAGUGUACCCGUUUUCUUGUACAACUUUACCCAUCCCGUCCUCCUCAACGGAGUUCCGACGCCGCCAAAUCAUGCAAGCGAUCUGCAGUUCUUCUUUGAUCUUAAUGGUCAAAAUGGGAACGUCAACACGCCGGGAGAGAUUGCAUUUUCUCAAGCCGUGGUUAAAGCAUGGGCCACAUUUGCGGAUACAAAAAGCCCAGGUCAAUUUUGGGGUGGUGUGACAUCCUCCUGGACCGCGAAUACUGUAACGACCCCUUGUGGUGCUUUGAAUUAUGCCAUUCUCGACAGCGUCCCCUCAAUGCAGACCGCACCCGCACAGUCAGUCAGUGACUGUAUAUUCUGGACGAGUUUGUCUCUCAACGAACCCGGACAACCGAAGACAUGCCCAACCUUGUUGGACAGCAUUUUGAACCCGGUCGCUGGACUUUUGCCAGGAGGAGGUUUACUUCCCGGUAUUCCAAUAAUUGGUUAGAUCAUUGGUUACUAAUUAUUGGUUACUGCGAUUUUGAAAAAAAAAAUAAAUUUUUAAGGUUGUAAAAGUUCAAAAAAUUAUUAUACUAAGCCUUUAUACAUAUGAUUCCUUUAUAUGAUUCUUUAUAUCAUUCCGAAUGAUAACACCGAUACAUAUUGACUUUUUAAUUUUAUUCAAAAGCUAAUAUUUUCAUUGGAAUUUAAAAACAAAUUAUUUCAUUUUAUUAUUUGAACAGUUUGCACGGCGUUUUGUAUCCCAAUAACACAUUCACAUCUGUCACCCAUAAUAAAUAAAGAAGCAUUGAUAAUUAGUUCGAAUUAAAAUUGUUAUUUGCACUAAAAUUCUAAAACCGCAAUAAAAUGUUAUUCAGACCUUUAAAGCA